AGAUAUCUCACAAGCCGUGUCCCAAACGACUGUGCACUACUAUGACUAUAUCUGUCGCGGCUGUCAGCCGCGGCCUACGGACCACAGAUUAUUAUGGGUAUUCGGACGCGCCCUAGUGUUUGUUUCCGUCUUCAUGUGUAAUGCUUAUCCCGCCCUACCCAGUAAUCGUUGGGAGCUCUGCAAGCCCCCUGGACAUCGUCUUAGUCUAAAGUGCUUGUCAAUACAUAUAUAACAUGCCCAAACACAAUUGAGUUACGUUCAAUGCAAAGAAGUUGACGAGUUCCUACUUAUGGCCAUCUCCUGACUCCAUCAUAAUACUAUCUCCGUGCCGAAAAGUUUGUCGAGAAUUUGUUAAGCGGAGACGCCCACCGACUACCUUCAGACCCCGUAAAAGUUGAAGAUUUAGAGAUGAAAUUACCAGAAUGGUUCGACGAAAAGAAGUACAAUCAGGGUCGUCGUUUCUACCGAGAUUUUUUUUUCAUGAUGUCAGCUUCAAUGAUUGUUGGGGUGCUAGCAGUGUUCUCUAUUCCGUCAAUACUGAACGUUCUCGUUGGCAGUCGCCGCUCCAGCUCCGCUUACACAGCGUAUAAGCGAUACUUCUCCACACACCAACACGUGAAUACCUGGUUUGACCAUGAGCUGAAGCCUGAUUCAGUAGCCUGGCGAUCACUCUACGUGGUCAGGACUCGCCACAUUCAAGCAGGACGCGUUGCCAGAUUAAAGGGAACAGGCAUUAUUUCCCAACGCGAUGUGGCUCUUACCCUUUUUGGUUUUAUAGGAUUUGCCUUUCUUAAACCAGACAAGUUCAGUAUUAGACAACUGAAAGAAGGCGAUUGGGACGCGUACAACCAUUGUUGGAAAGUUAUUGGACACAUGAUUGGAUUGGAGGACAGAUAUAACAUUUGCCGAGACACCUACGAAGAAACUCGCCAAGUGUGUCAAAUACUUCAGGACAGAGUAUUCACGCCCUGUUUAGAGAACGUUCCAGAAUAUUUUGAGCAUAUGUCUCGUGUUAUGUUAGAAGGUGUUAGUAUUGUCUUGACGGACUUGGAGACUUCGUCCAUGAUGUAUGCAUUGAUGUGUAUAGCUGAGGUGCCUGGAUAUAUCAAUUCGGAACGAGAUAGAAUAGAUUUCCAAACCAAGUUAAGGAAGCAUCAAGUAAAUGGACAACACCGCGAUGACGGCGUGAUGUCAACUAUAUUAGUACAAGAAUGCGCAAUAGAAGGAGUACUGAAAAAGCCACCACGUAUGCUUUAUAUUCGCGACUACGAAUGCAUGGACGAUAUCCCAGCAUAUAGACAGCUACCUUUACUUGGAAAAUAUAAAUUGGCAUUCAACGAAAUGGCAGUUGCAUUUUACGCAACUAAUAUAGGAAGAAAUAUCUUUAACUGGCAUUUAAAAUGGGCAGUAUUUGUCGCGUCUUACAUACCGUAUCGUGCUUUAUGGCACUUUGGUUUGAAGAAUGUUUUUGUAAAUAUUUUCAAAGAAAGCCCAACCGACAGGUCUACUCCUAAGCCAAAUUCAGAGUAUUAUAAGCCACAGCUACCUCAGCCUUUUUAUAAAGUGAUAUUAUCUUUUUUGUGGUGAAAGGCUUAAUUAUUAUUAAGUAGGUAUAGUGUACCUAAAUGAGAUUCUUUACACAUAUUCUUGUGCUUCAAUUAGGUAUGUUUUAUGUGUUAUAGUGUACACUUCUGUAGACUUACUUAGCUUAUAGCUACUAAAUUAAUAUCUGUAGGUAUUAUACGUAAUUAAUAAAGGUUUAGCGUGAAAUUCUGU